AUGGCCUGUCAUUGCGAAGACAAUCAUAGCGAAGACGGUGCUAACGGUAAACCCCAAGACUAUACUGUUUUAGUGCUUACAUUUGAUACGGUUGGAGAAUUCGAGGAAUGGUUGCAUGAGCAGUGUGAAAGAAGUGGAACUAGUUUUUUCAAGCGAUCAAGUUAUGCCAAGGGCUCGUCGUCCUCUCUAAGAUACAAUCGGGCUGGCACAUAUGAGAAAGCAACCACUUCAAAGGCAAAUCUAGUAAAAGGAUGUUAUCAGCUGUUGUGGUUUGUCGAAGGGUCAGAUCUUUGGAAUUUGGCAACAAAAUUUGGAUUACGCCCUGGUUAUCGCGACAAGAAUGACAUGAAUUCCUUGAUGCACCGCCAAGCAGGGGAGAACCCGGGCGACGGAAUCCGUGUCCUAGAGGUUACUGAUGAUCCUAGUGGACGAGGAUUUUGGACUGCCAGUUGGGCACCAUUUGCAAACAAAUGUGCCGUGAUGGACACGACAAUGAUUAGUGAAAGGUGGCAUCUGCGUCUAAAAAAGGACUUCCUCCACAGAAAUGCCAACUCAAGAGCCGACUUUCUGGUAGAGCUGCUAAUCAGAGCUGUGGAGGACCUGGCUGAUUCAGCCGAAAUUAGGGAUCGCCAUCCACUCGCAGCAUCCUCUUUCCGUGUUCAGCAGUCCACUAAAUGUCAUAGAUGGGCAUUGAAACACUACGAGAGCAGGCCUGAGAAGGUGAAGCGAGAGGGAGAAAAGAAAUGGGAACUUCACGGAAAGGAUGUGGCGGAAAAAUACCAAGUGGUACACUUGGGUGGAUGCGCAUGUAGUGAAUCCUUGAGUGAGAACGUUCACUGUCCACUCUGCGGUGUCUAUCCCUACUCUUGGCGCUGCACCUGCUUGGAUAAUAGAGCUGGAAUCAGUUGCCUUCACAGACAUGCGGCAAAAUUAUAUGGAGGAGGCGUUGUAGAAGAGCAUCCAUCUACUUCAUACGUCCAUGAAAUACCCGAUACACAGCUAAGUGAGACGAUGCAUGAAGUCGACGAAGUACUUUCCACUCAGGAUUUGGUCACGGCAGCUCAGGAGUGCAAACAAGAGCGAACUCAAAUAAGGAGCAACAUUGAAAGUAAAUAUGUAGUCCUGAGCGCAAAUGUAAACAUUCCCGUAAACACUGACACAAGAGAAGCGGCGGAAACGCUCAAGAAGAUUUAUGAUCUUGUUGAUCAAGCAUAA